AUGACAGAAAAUGCUCAGAAAAUUAGGAAACAACAAGGCGCUCUCACAAUAGUCCGUCGUUCCUCCAGUCGCGGUAAGACGGAGAGCUCUCCACCUACCGACGAACAGCUCGACCAGCUCGAUCUUGACACAGAGCACUUGCCCCCUGUCGACACGCCCGAUGCAUGCGACAAAGCCGCACUUAGAUUACGCUACCUCCUUAGACAAUUAAACAGAGGUGAAAUACCCGCUGAAACAUUACAAAAGAACCUCCAAUACGCCGCAAAAGUUCUCGAAGCUGUCUACAUAGAUGAAACCAAGGAUAGGAGAGGUCCAGAGCAGCCGCGUAUGCAGCCAGCGCCACUUCACAUGAGGCGCCUACGCACACCAUGCUGGGCGCGGUGUUCUGUAGAACAGUCGAACGAAGCAAAGAGACUAGCAGAUGAAGAUGAUGAGUUAUCAGAAGUACAACCAGACGCAGUACCUCCAGAAGUUCGGGAAUGGCUCGCUUCGACGUUUACGAGACAACUGGCAACAGCGAAGCGGAAGUCCGAUGAAAAACCGAAGUUCAGAUCAGUGGCGCAUGCAAUUCGAGCCGGAAUAUUUGUGGACAGGAUCUACAGAAGGGUGACGAACACAGCGCUUAUGCAAUUCCCUCAAGACGUUGUCAGAGUACUCAAAACGUUGGACGAAUGGUCAUUUGACGUGUUCGCGCUACACGAUGCAGCCGCUGGUCAGCCAGUCAAAUACUUAGGUUACGAACUUUUAAACAGAUAUGGAAUGAUACACAAGUUCAAGGUGCCGCCCACAAUCUUGGAGAACUUCUUGAGUCGAAUAGAAGAAGGAUAUUGCAGGUUUCAUAACCCGUACCACAAUAAUCUCCACGCAGCUGACGUGGCGCAGACCGUUCACUACAUGCUGUGUCAAACUGGACUAAUGAACUGGUUGUCCGAUCUGGAAAUCUUCGCGACUCUGGUAGCAGCUGUUGUUCACGACUUCGAGCACACGGGAACCACGAACAACUUCCAUGUUAUGUCUGGCUCCGAAACGGCAUUGCUUUACAACGACAGAGCGGUUCUUGAAAAUCAUCAUAUUAGCGCUGCUUUUAGGUUACUGCGUGACGAGGAAUGCAACAUACUCCAGAAUCUAUCACGUGACGAAUACCGCGAAUUCCGCACCCUUGUCAUUGACAUGGUGCUGGCCACCGACAUGUCCUUCCACUUCCAACAGCUGAAGAACAUGAGAUCCUUACUCACCCUCGCAGAGCCUACCGUUGACAAAUCCAAGGCGGUGUCACUUGUGCUGCAUUGCUGCGACAUUUCACAUCCAGCUAAGAGAUGGGAUCUUCACCAUAGAUGGACAAUGAGUCUCCUUGACGAAUUCUUCCUCCAAGGAGACAAAGAAAGAGAGCUCGGGCUUCCGUUCAGUCCUUUAUGCGAUAGGAACAAUACCCUCGUAGCCGAGUCUCAGAUCGGUUUCAUAGACUUCAUUGUGGAGCCCAGUAUGGGUGUCUGUGCUGAUAUGCUGGAAUGCAUAUUAGGGCCUUUGCAUUCCAGCUCGAAGAAUUCGACGAGUGCUGCUGGACAAGAGAGGACUAUAAAUGAAGAGAGCACAGGCACGGAGACGGUUAGUAAAUUCAAAAUCAAGAAACCGUGGGUUGCUUGUCUGACGGACAACAAGAAGAUAUGGAAAGAACAAGCCGCUAAAGAUGCUGAGGCACGUGCUAAACUAGAAGAGGAGACAAAUGGCACUUCUCCGCCGACUGAAGAAUAA